AUGGAACCAGCACCGAUUAUCGCCUUACUCUUCGUCUGCUUCAGUGCCUCCGUUGCGAUCGCAGGAAAUCCACACAAUCCAUGUGACGAAGAGAAAGUCGUUGGGCCGUGUGCCGGAAAGUUUCUUCGAUGGUACUUCGAUAUCAUCGAAAACAGGUGUCGAGAGUUUUGGUACGGAGGCUGUCGGAAGAACAACAACCACUUUUACAGUUUGGAGGAAUGCCAGGAAACCUGUAAAUCAAGUAAUCGCCCGAUAAUUACAGUACGCGAUCAUCGCACGUUUACCAUAGAAACUAUACUGACCAAUCCGUGUCGACUGAUGCCACAGACCGGAAAUUGUACUGCACGACUUUUGCGUUGGUAUUUCAACAUGUUCGACAACUCGUGCCACAAGUUUCUUUAUACCGGCUGCUACGGCAACGGCAACAAUUUUAACAGUCAGGAGCAAUGCGAACGAACUUGUAUCAGAGAAUUUUCUAUCGAAUUCGAGACAGAAAUAGAAAUCUUCGGCAAUGACGUUUGUGCGUAUCCGCUAGAGUUCGGAUUCUGCAACGAUCAGCAGCCCAGCUGGUACUACUCGGAAGAGGACAACGAGUGCAUGCAGUUUCUUUAUUCCGGUUGUGGAGGAAAUCCGAACAGAUUCAGCGACGAACGCUCAUGUGUCCGGCGAUGCGUGAAAGGUAUCCGGUGA